AUGUAAUAAACAUAGAGAGGUCGUAAAUUGAAAAAGAGUUAGAGUUCUAAGAAAAUCAGGGCUUAAACUGAGGAUAUUAAGAAGAAAUCUUUAAAUAAGAAGACAGUUUGUGUGAGACAAUUUUACGUAGGUCCUGGGAACAAUGGCAAAUUGAUCGCAAAUUAUUUAUCAUAACUUCAAGGGUGGAAAUAGUUGGAUUAAGAGAUAAGCAAGACUAAUAACGAUUUCUAUUUAAAAUGGGUGUAAACCAAUUCUGAAAUUUAAUUUUAAUUGUUUAAGGAAGGACAAUAAAUAAUCAACCACUUACCUAAUCAUAUGAUUCUGACAUCCAAAUAGUUGAUCAUUUAGACUAUGAAGGAAUACGAAAGAUCAAAAUAAUGUAUAGAUACAAUAUUUAAAUCAGAAUUGCAAUUUAGUUCAAGUCAUUUCUUCCCUGAAACCUAUAGAAUCGACUUGACUUCAGAACAAUUGAGCCUUGAAGAAGACUAAUUCCUGAAGACAGAUAAUUCGGCUGUUUGGAUAAUUAAACCAACCUACUUCAAUUGUGGACGAGGUAUCAAGCUCUGUUCGAAUGCUAAAAAACUGAAAUAGGAAUUUUUAAAAUUAAAAUAAAUCUCAAAUUAAAUAAAAGCUUAAAAAGGAUUUUUAUAAAAUGGGAUUUUUACUCCCAAUUUGAGAAAGUGUAUUGUUCAAAGAUAUAUUGAGAAUCCAUUACUUUUGGAGGGCAGAAAGUUUGACAUUCGAUGUUAUGUUUUGAUUGCCACAACUCGGCCGUUAUUUGUACUAUUUCAACAUGGCUAUCUACGAUUAUCGGUGGAUAAAUAUAACGUUGAAGAUAUGGAUGAUGAAAAAAAUAGAUAUAAACAUUUAACCAAUGCUGCCAUAUAAAAGAAGCAUCCCUCCUUCAAUCAAUCAAAAGAAUCAACUAUUUGGUCUAUGCAAUAAUUCGAAUAAUAUUUAAAAGAUAAAAAGAAUGUUACUUAAGAAAGGAUUGAAUUAAUAUAUUUAUAGAUGAAAAAGAUCUUCGCCCAUAUCAUUAGAUGUUCAAGUGAUAAAUUUGAAAAACGAAUUGGAACUUUUGAGUUGAUGGGUUGUGAUAUUAUGAUUGAUACCAAUUUAAAAGUGUACCUAAUUGAGAUGAACACCAAUCCUGCAUUAUUCCUCGAUACUACUACCUAAGCUGCAGUUAUUCCCCCAGUGAUACAUCAAACACUUGAUUUAGUUAUCUAUUUAAACGAAGAAAGAAACAAGCCAAUCGAAAAGAACUUAUAAAAUUAUAGUAAAUUAAAAUUAGGUAAUUGGGAAGUAAUUCAUAAUGAAGUUACUAAUUACAAUUUAGUUACCCAAUCGAAUUGA